AUGUUGCUCCUCGCGCUCUAUAUACGAUUAGCUAUACCGUAUCUAGGUGCCAGAGGCCAAGUUUUGGGUUCCUUUAACCUCUCCCAGCCACAAAGUAGUGGCUGUCGUGUCAUUCCUCUCGAUUCCAAGUGGCCCACUUUACACGAGUGGGCAGCGCUGAACCAAUCUGUCGGCGGGCGACUGAUCGCAACUGUACCUGCUGGGUCGCCAUGCUACAAAAGCACCUUUGACGUGAGUACGGGGGCGUACGAUCUCUCCACGUAUGAUGAGGCUGCCUGCGCCACCGUCCAGAAAAGCUGGCAUGAGCCUUUGUUUCAUGAACAGAGUUCGUCGAGCGUCAUGCAAACGUACUUUGCCGGCGAUAGCUGUAAUCCGAUUGCCGAUCAGAGCAAUGGCAAGUGCGGCAUUGGUAAUUAUAAUCAGUACGCUAUUGAUGUUGCUGGAGACGACGAUGUCAGGGUUGGACUAGCAUUCGCGCAGGAACACAAUGUAAGGAUCCUGAUAAAAAAUACUGGUCAUGACUAUUUAGGGAGGUCUACGGGCCACGGGGCUUUGGCUCUAUGGACUCACCAUUUAAAGGAAAUCAGCCCGGUGAUUACAAACUACCAAAGCAAUGAAUAUACUGGUCCAGCACUCAAGGUUCAAGCUGGGAUCCAGGUAGGUGAAGUGUAUGAUUUUCUCGAAAAGCAAGGCUACAUGGCUAUCGGAGGUGAAUGUCCAACAGUUGGACUAGCAGGUGGAUAUAUAUUCGCUGGUGGCCACGCGCCCACGACUUCUAAGCUUGGCUUGGCCGCGGACAAAAUUCUAGAGAUUGAGGGAAUAUUGGCAAAUGGCUCCUCGUUCACAGCCACGCCUGAUAAAUACCAAGAUAUUUACUGGUUUCUGAGCGGUAGUGGUUCCAGUGGUACGAUCGCCUACGCCAAGUCAGUCACAUUCAAGAUCUUCAAGGACUUCCCUAUAAGCGGCGCCAUUCUCACCUUGCCCUACGCAGGUAUCGUUACCGACGAUGAAUUCUGGUCUUUGGUAGACACCUGGCAUACCCUCACUCCCAGCAUUACUGAUGCCGGUGGCUAUGCCUACGCUUUCUACCAAACGGGGUAUUUUCAGAUCUGGCCGCUCUUCGUUCCAGACGUAACGAAGAAGCAAACCGCUGCUCUGAUUCAACCAUUCGUCAAUCAGCUUGAUGAAUUGAAAGGCAAAUAUCCAAAAUUAGCAUACAAUCUCACAUCCUACACGUAUCCUACCUUCAAUCAAGCCUACAAAGCCCUCUUUCCUCCAUUCCAGUCGGGCACUUAUCAAUGGACAAGCCGAUUAAUUCCACGCAAUAUUAUCACUCAGCAAACAGACGCCGUUUCUCAGACAUUCAGAACCCUCUUUGAUGAUGGCGCAACAAUGGUUGAAGCAGUCAUGAACCCGAAUCUUAAGGUCGCUCAGCCGCUUAACAACUCUGUCCUUCCAGCUUGGCGUACUAACAUCAUAGAUCUUGUCGCAGGCAAACCCUACAAUGACAGUGCAUCUUUCGAAGACAACACUGAUGCGAAGAAGUAUAUAACGCAGCACUGGACGAGCGCUCUUGAACAAUUGGCCCCUGCCAGUCAAGGUGGCGGCGCUUACAUGAAUGAAGCAGAUCCAGAUGAUCCAAAUUGGCAGCAAAGCAUCUAUGGAGAGAAUUACCCGCGGCAGCUGGCCAUAAAGCGAAAGUACGAUCCGACAGGUGUUUGGUAUGCCAAAACGGCUGUAGGGAGUGAGUAUUGGGCCGAGGAUGCAGAGGGCAGGCUGUGUCCAGCCGACCCAGCAGUCUCGUAA